AGUUGCAGGAAUAAAGGUGAUUUCGAGCGUAGAACUGAGUGAAUAAUGGACACGAAAGACAAGGGGAAGGAGCGUUCGCAUAUCCUGACUCUGAAAGUGAUGAGGUUGACGAGACCGUCGAGUUUACAAACGCAGCCUGGACCUGUGGAUGGUGUCGAAUGUCUCAAGUCGGUCGGGUCGAAUCCAUUCGCUGAUUCCUGGAUUGAUGCAAAAAUCGACGACUCGGAUAAAAAUGCGUUGUCUCCCAUGCUUCUACUGCCCCAGAGUUUCGGGAAUAUUUUCUUGGGAGAAGGUUUCUUCUGCUAUAUUUGCGUGCACAACAGCUCGGAAGACGAAUUGGCAACCAACGUGAACAUCAAAGCGGACCUUCAAACAUCCGCCUCAGCUUCGGGAUCCAUACCCGAGGCCUUUGUCGGAGAAAUUUCCCCUGGGGCGUCUUUUGACCGAGUUGUUCACUACGACAUGCGUGAAGUCGGGACUCAUGUGUUGGCGUGUUCCGUGUCUUACGAAAACAGUCAACGAGAGAAGUUUUCCUUCAGGAAAUUUUUCAAGUUCGUCGUGAUGAAGCCCUUGGAUGUGAAGACCAAGUUUUACAAUGCUGAGAGCGAUGAAGUUUACUUGGAAGCCCAGCUCAUGAACUUGACUGGAGGUCCGAUUUACUUGCAGAAAGUUUCUUUGGAACCAUCCCCGCUUUAUUCCGGUGAGUUGUAAUUAUAUUUAU